GCAUCCAUCCGUGGGCGCAUUCGUCGUCGACGCUCGCGGCGAGCACAGCGUUUGUAUUUCUCGCAGAUCCCCUGCAGAUCCAUGCAUGACGGCGCCGCUGCGCCUAUUCCCCGUGAAUACAAAGGGUGUGAUAAGAUCUGCUGACCCCCGCCGGAACACGAAUAGGUCCGUUUAGGAACGGCUAGGCACACCCCGCCCUCGUUGACGACGCGGCAAACAAAGUUCAAACCUGGGCCUGGACUCUGCUGCCGUGGACGACGGGGGGCAGGAAAUUUUGCCACAUUCGGCGCGCCUCCGCGAGACACCGACGGACUGGAUCUUCUAUGACGGCGGGCUGAUAUUGGCGAAGAUGGCUUUGUCAAAUCCCCGCGCAGCGCGACCCCGGUCUGUCGACUUGUUUGCCUCUCGCCACCAUCGUCCGCCAGCCUCCCCUUUCCUUCCUUACCGCCUUCCUGACCUCUUUCGACUUCUAUGCCUGAGCCUGAACCGCGCCAUUCGCCUGAAGUGCUCGUCGUCGGUGCGGGGCCCUCCGGGCUCGUCGCCGCGCUCACUCUCCUGCGCAAUGGGGUGCCCGUGCGCAUCAUCGACAAGGCCGACCGACACAGGAUCGGCCAGCGCGGCGCGGGGAUCAUGCCACGCUCCCUUGAGCUCUUCCACCAGAUUGGUGUCGCGGACGAGAUCACCAAGCGCGCAAUUACCACGCCCGUUGUAAAGCUCUACGAAAUGCCUGAGGGCCGCAAAGCGCUGCAGACAUUCGAGAUGUCUCCCGUCCUUGAGCCCACCCCAUCCUGCCCAUAUAUGAACAUCCUCAUGCUGGGCCAGGAUCAUCUUGAGGAGGUCUUGCGAGCAUCGCUUGCCGUCUACGGUGUUUACGCCGAGCUCGACACCGAGUUGGUCGCGAUAUCGCAGGACAAGGAUCGCGCGACCGCAACAAUUGUCAGGCACUCUGGCACUGACAGGGAGCACCGCGAGGUCGUUACCUAUCCCUUCGUCGUCGGCACCGACGGCGCGCGGGGCGUCUGCCGCAAGCUGCUCGGCAUGACCUUCCUGGGCGAGACCCGGAACGUCGAAAACCUGAUCAUCGGCGACAUCAUGGUCGAUGGCCUCGAGAGCAACUACUGGCACAUGUGGGGCGACGCGGCGACGAACAUGGUCAGCCUGCGGCCCACGGAGACGCCGAAUCUCUUCAACUUCAUGCUCGCGGGCAAGGAGGUGAACCACGGCGCGCUGUCAAAAGACGCAGACGGCCUGCGCUCGGCGUUGAUCGCCGGGACAGGAGGGCCGGGUCACCUCACCUUUGGCGAUUUCCACUGGGUGUCGCACUAUCGGCCCAAUAUGCGGAUGGUCGACAAGUUCGGCGAAGGCCGGAUUUUCUUGGCCGGUGAUUCUGCUCAUGUGCAUAGCCCUACAGGUGGCCAGGGCCUGAAUACAGGCAUUCAGGACUCCUUCAACCUUGCCUGGAAAAUGGCCCUGGUGUACAAGGGACUCUCCCCCAUGUCGCUCCUUGACAGCUAUAACGAGGAGCGCCUCCCCGUUAUCGCAGAAAUGCUCAACCAGACCACCACUUUGCUGAAUCAGACAUUCCGGUCAAGGAGACCGGAGUCCGCGGCUUGGAUCAAGGGUGGUAGCCUUCUCCAGCUUGGCGUCAACUACCGCUGGAGUUCGAUCAUCCUCGACGAACAGCAAAAAGACUACGACCUUGAGGAUAUCGACGAGCUUGACGAAUUUGACGAGGAAGAGGAUGCCGAGGAACAACUCGCGGAGCAGCGGCGGCAAGCCGUUGAUUCUUAUGGGGUUGGCUUCGAUGGGCAGCUUCGCGCAGGGGAUCGCGCCCCGGACGCGCCCGACCUCUCGGAUACGCAGUCUUCUGACGAGCACGGCCCGCUGGUCUCGCACACCCUCUUCGACCUCUUCAGCGCUUCCCAUCACACCGCCCUCAUCUUCCUCAGCUCACCCGAGCAGUCAUAUCAGUCCGUCAUCAAGGCGCUGCGGCAGCAGCCCAGGGACACCGUGCGGAUAGCGGUCAUCAUCCGGAGCGGGGCGCUUGCGCCUCACGUCCAUGGAGUACAGUACGUGCUCGAGGACGAUCUGGACCACGCGUUCCGAGCGUACACCGUCUCGGGCGGGUGCGAUACGGUCAUCGUCCGGCCAGAUGGCAUGAUAGGUGGUAUCGUGCGCGGCGCCGAGGGCGUCAAGCGGUACUUCCGCAAAAUCUUUGCAUGAAAGCCUUGUACUUCUACAGUGCUAUCCCAUCCACCGUCGCGGUCUCACUAUCUAUCGGUAAUAAUACUAAUACUGUUGCAUCGUAAGUAAGUUCAAGCACAUACCUGUAACUGCACAUACACGAUUAGAAGCGGACUAUACAUCUUCUCUGAGCGAUGUUCUGUACUUCUGAGCUCGCCUGGCUAAUUCGAAUCGGCGGGAUCGAUUAUCAUGCC